GACCAGUCAUUGUGGAACGCUUCAUCGCAUCGGAAGUAUCAUUUUCUUGUGUGCACGAAAAUCCCUGCCUGGGUCAACGACGUUCCCUAUCUUAUUGUUAUUCAACCGGUGUCUUUCAUCUCCUUCCACUACUGUCUUACUCUUUCUCUCUAUCUUUCUCUCUCUCUUCCCUCUUUCUCCCUCUUUGGAUAACUCUUAAAGUCAAGGUCACUAGUCAUGUUACCAUUAUCGUUAAUUCUUCUUUUGGUGGGUAUGGCGUCAGCCCAAAUACCUGCCCUCGGCAAUUGUCCAGACGUUGAAUAUAUGACGAACUUUGAUGUGGGAAAGUACAUGGGAGUAUGGUACGAGAUAGAAAAAUAUUUUGCAAUAUUCGAAUUUGGUGGAAAGUGUGUACAAGCUAAUUACACGCUCAACAGUAACAACACAGUCAAAGUAGUAAAUCGACAAAUUUCUUACAUAACCGGUGUCGCAACUUCAAUCGAAGGAAUUGCAAGAUCCGAGGGUGCACCGAACGAAUCGAAAUUGCUCGUUACAUUCCCAUCCGUUCCGUUUACAGGGGAUGCUCCUUAUUGGGUCUUAGAAACUGAUUAUGACAAUUAUGCCGUCGUUUGGAGUUGCAGAAGUUUUGGUAUAUUAAAUGCUAAAAUUAUUUGGAUCUUGGCACGAGAAUCUUCACCAUCUCUCGCUAUCAUGCAGAAAGCGUAUCAAGUUCUCGAUAGAAAUAGAAUAAGUAGAGCUUAUUUUAUGCGAACGGAUCAGAAGAAUUGUCCAGCGAAUUAUUAAAAAAAUUCGAAAAUUUAAUUCGAAGAAUUUCGCAAUUGUUAUAUAUAUAUAUGUCUGUUAAAAAUUAUUCAAGAAAUUUUUAUCGAAUGAUUAUGAUCAUGCAACCCCUUAUAUAGUUUCAAAUAUAUGUAUUAUUAUUUAUUUUAUAUAAAUCUCGAUCGGGAAGAUAGGGAUUACAUUUGCCGGCCAUUUUCUACUUGAUCGACAAAUUAGAUAUUUAUUCACUUAUAAUGUAGAUGUUCAGUUUGAUUGACUAUUUGUUCAGCCCUUUCGACUAUGGCCGAUUAGAGAAAUAGAAGUUUACAAUGGUUGACUUUUUUAUUGUUAUCUGUAAAUAAAAAAUUUGCCAAUUA